AUGAAUGAGAUUAGACAAUUGAUUUGGAACGGUGAGCUCAAUGUGCUGGUUUCUAUUGAUCCCUCAUUUCUAAUGAAAGGAAGCCCGAAAGAAAUGGCAGUACUAAGAAUAAGAGUGCCGAGAGAAACGUACUUGAUCAAUUAUAUGCCGCUAAUUUGGGAUAGGAUCCAAGAUUUUCUAUCCUUUGAUCCGUUGAACGAGAAAGAAAAGUAUUUCUGGUUUGAACAUAAUGGGAGGCCCAUACGAUGGAAUUAUCCUGUUGGCGUUUUAUUUGACGGAUUGGUUGCAAGCAACGCUACUUUUGCCACCCCUUCUGAAAUUCACCUAGAAAAUGCAAUCACCUUUUUUAGAGUUCAUUUGGUCAUGGGGGAAUCGUUACCGUCAACCGUAAUCCCCAUCUUAAGUAGCAGUAACCAAGCCGAAAAAUUCUGGUUUCAUCAGUGGAAACAAGUCUGUUUUAUACUAAAUGGCUCCUCGAAGGGUAUCAUGUCUUUGUCGGUAAACGAAUCUCGGAAGUUUUGGAGAAGUGUCAUUACAAGGAAUUUUCAUGACUUCACAGAAAUUUCUAAUAAGAUAAGCCCAUCAAGACCGCGGCAUGUUCCGAUUAUUAUUCAAAACCACAAAGAUUUGGGAACCGGGGGGAUCUCACAACCAACUAUCCGCAUGGCUGGAGUCAAUCCCACACUGAGGGAUAUCGAAGAAGAAGUCUUUAGCGCUAAGGAAAUAAUAGAUGCUGAAAGUUAUGUGAUCGUAGCCCAAGGAAUUGAAAUUCCUUGGGACACUGCACUGCUUGAUUUGUACCUCAAAUUUAGAAGUUUUGAUGGGUUUUUAUAUAUAACUCUUGUUCCUAAAAUUUCAGUGACAAAAAUCUUUCCCUGA